GCGGCACGGCACGCCAUUGCACACGAUUGUGAAGAUUGUACGUUGGUGAAAUUUUAUUAAUAAUACUCAUGUAUUAUUAUAACCCAAAUCACAGGAAUUAUCAAUAAUCAAACAUAUAUCUUGUGCAGAAACAACUUUCAAGCAAAAAUCGUCCACCAAAAUGGCAUCGAAUGAAGGCCGUGUUCAGUCAAAUUUGCAUCAUCAAGAUCUAACCAAAUUGGAUGUCACAAAAUUAUCGGCCCUUUCACCAGAGGUUAUAUCCAGACAAGCAACUAUAAAUAUUGGAACAAUUGGUCAUGUAGCCCAUGGCAAGUCCACUGUAGUGAAAGCAAUCUCAGGUGUCCAAACUGUCCGUUUCAAGAACGAGCUUGAAAGAAACAUUACUAUUAAAUUAGAGCGGCUGUCAGACUCAGUAGUGAGAAUGUACCGAGAACGAGCUGAUGAGAGAUAUGAAAAGAUGUUCUUUGAAAAAAUUAGAAGAUCUAAGAAGCGAAAUUUAUCAUUAGAUUCUGAAGACGAAAAUGACAUGCCAGCCUCAAAGAAACAAAAAAGAAGCAAAAAUAAACAAAAGACUGAAGAGUACAUUAUUGAUAAAAUUAUUGAUUUUCAGUACAAAUUAGGAAAAGAAUUAUUUUUUGUGAAAUGGAAAGGUUAUCCAGAUAGUGAAAAUACCUGGGAGCCUAUUGAGCAUCUUGAUAACUGUCCUGCAGUAGUAGAAGCAUUCCUAGUGGAGCAAGAGUUCAAGUACUAUGAUAAAAUUGAGAAGUUAAAAGAAGAAAUUUCAUUUGGUGACCUUUUAAAUGAAGAAUCUUUGAUUGAGAGGUUAAGUGAAGUGGAAGAAUCUGAUAUGUCAAAAUUAAAAUUAAACCUUUUGAUAAAACUGCUAUCUAUGCUGUUUCUUACUCAAGAAGAUGAGUUCUAUGCUGUGGAUCUAGUACAGGAUGCCAGGAAUAUUUUGCAGAUGUAUGUUUUAACUAGGAAGAGGUGUCGGCAGCUUAUGAUUUUGAAAGAAUGGCAAGACCAUUUAAAUCAAGUUGAUAAAUGUCAAAAACUGACUGUAGUUAAUGACUUUGACUUAGCUGGGCCACCAGAAAACUUUACAUAUAUAAAUUCCUCCAUCCCUGGAGUUGGUGUUACAAUACCAGAUGAGCCCCCUAUUGGUUGUGAAUGCACUGCUUGCAACUGCCGGUCAAAAACCUGUUGUGGCAACCAAGGGGGGUUAUUUGCAUAUACUGCUAAAAAAAGAUUACGUGUUGCUCCAGGCACGCCAAUAUAUGAGUGUAAUAAAGCAUGUAAAUGCUCAGCAGAUUGUGGUAACCGAGUUGUGCAAGGAGGCCGAAAUAUCAAAUUGAGUAUCUUUCGCACAUCAAAUGGUUGUGGUUGGGGUGUGAGGACAGACCAACCUAUAAAACAAGGACAAUUUCUGUGUCAAUAUGUAGGUGAAGUCAUUACUUUUGAAGAGGCUGAAAAGCGGGGCAGAGAAUAUGAUGCCCAAGGUUUAACAUAUCUAUUUGAUCUUGAUUUUAAUUCUGUUGAAAACCCCUAUGUUGUUGAUGCAGCACAUUUGGGCAAUGUAUCCCACUUUAUAAAUCACUCUUGUGAUCCUAAUCUUGGUGUAUGGGCAGUCUGGGCAGACUGUCUGGAUCCCAACUUACCUAUGUUGGCUUUGUUUGCGACACGUGACAUUGAAACUGGUGAAGAGAUAUGUUUUGAUUACUUGCAAAAAUCUGCUGAUAGUGAUGAGACUGAAGUGUCCACACCUAUUGCUUCAUCUAGCCAAGAAAGUAGUACAGAUGAUGAAAGUUCCAGAGUUCCCAAUGGUUCAGAAGGUGAGACUGCUGCUUCACCUGUUUCACCUGUAAAGUCUAGGUUCGAAAUACAGCAGCAGAAUAUGGCAAUGCUGAGGAACCGAACAGAAUGCAAGUGUGGAGCACUAAAGUGCAGGAAAUAUUUGUUUUGAAAAAUAUUAUUCAGUAUCAGUAUAAAUUUCUUUUUGAAAUUUUAUAAUUGGUCUAUUUUAUUAAUUUCAUGGAUCUGUAUUAUUAAUGCACAAGAGUUGUAUGUAUUGAUGUUGGGACUCUUCAAUGUAGAUGUUUGAAUCUCAAGACAACAUCUACAAAUUCUUUAAUCACAACUCUAUUUAUAAGAUAUUAUUAUAGUCACAUAUAUUUUUAGAAAACUUUUUGGAAAUCACAAUUUUUAUUAAUAUUUGCCUAAAUUCAAUCAGACUUCCAUACCAUGUCACUUUUUAAGUAGUUAACAAAUUGCCAACUGAUUCAUUAGGAAAUACCAUUUGUAGGAUAUUUUUAAUAUAGGAACUUAAGUAGAUAGAAUUUGCGGAGUAUUUUAUAAUGCAUUUUCUUAGAACAACCUAAUUGAUCAAAGAUUUAAUUUAUAGACUAAAUGUCUGGCAUAAUAAUAAUAAUUUCAUGAUUGGUGCUCUAUUAUGUGCCUUUAUAUAAAUAUAUAUAGUAUACAUUAUAUAUUUAGAUGUACUGUUCAAUUGUUGUAUGUUAAUUGCAUUUGACCUCAAUAUGAUUUUUUUCCUUUAUCGAAUGUAGAUAGUACCUACUGGUUAAGUAUUCUAGAUGUUAUUUUGAUACAAAAUUGGUGCAUGUUCUUGCAAGAAUCUUGUAAUGGCAUUUAUAUUGAUGUAUUUCAAAUCACAAUGUUGAUUUUGUUAGUAAAUAAGUGAUAAAUAUCUUUAUGCAUGUUUGUAUAUGCUAAAGUGAAUAAAAUUUAAAAUGUUACUGUUGU